AUGAGAAGAGAAGAAUCUGAAGGAGGAAGCAGUAGGUGCCAAGACUGUGGAAAUCAAGCUAAGAAAGAUUGUGAACAUAUGAGGUGUAGAACUUGUUGCAGAAGCCGAGGUUUUCAGUGCCAAACUCACGUUAGAAGCACUUGGGUUCCUGUAUCAAGAAGGAGGCCAAGGCAUCAGCAGAUGCAAAUUUCCGCUAUUGUUCAACAGCAGCAACUCCUUGAACAAAACCCUAAAAGAUACAGAGAGAAUCCAGCAUUAGAGGUCGAAGAACGGAAUUUUCCGGCCGAAGUGAGUUCUCCGGCGGUGUUUAGAUGUGUUAGAUUGAGCUCGACCGACAAUGCGGAUGAUCAAUAUGCAUACCAAACAUCAGUGAACAUUGGAGGACAUGUAUUCACCGGCAUUCUUUAUGACCAAGGCCCUGAUGGAACUUAUUUUGCCGGAGAAAGCUCUUCCGGCGGCUUGCAGCACCAUAAUUAUAUCGCCGGUGGAACUGGUAUGGCUUCCCCGCCUUCUUUUCCUAGCCCAUUUAGUGCUUUUACAACUGGUACUUCUCAUCAGUUAUUCCAAUACCCAAAAUCUUGA